AUGAGAGCUCCCCUCGCCUCCGAGUUGUCUGAGUUGGCGGCGCCGCGCCCCGGCUUCCGGCUCUCGGCGCCCCACGCGCUCCCGGCUCCAGCGGCUGCAGCCCACGCCCGCGCCGGGAGCCGAGCUCGCCGCGCCCGCCGCGCCGCGCCGGGGGAGCCCAGGCUCCCGAGCUCCUGUCCCGGCCCCGGUCCAGGGGAAAGCAGGGUGUCCCCGGGCAGAGGCGCACGGCCGCGCGGUCUCCCGCACUCUCCGCGGCCCAUCGGUCUCUCCAUGGCCUCUCAUCAGCAAUCCCGGAUCCAGGCUUACCUGGAGAAGAACAAGAUCGGUCCCCUGUUUGAGGAAUUAAUGACCAAGUUAAUUACUGAGACCCCUGACCAGCCAAUCCCAUUUCUCAUUGACCAUCUUCAGUCUAAACAAGGAAACCGUGGACACCUUCAAAGAACUUUAUCUGGAUCUGCAGCUCUCUGGGCCGAAAGUGAAACAUUAGAACAUAAAGGAACAAGAAGGGAAUUCAGAAACUAUGAUAAACCCUGGCAGUUAAAUGCAAAGAAGCCUAAAAAGUCAAAAAGCGACCUUGCUGUGUCUAAUAUUUCUCCACCAUCACCAGAAUCAAAAUCAUUGCCAAGGUCAGUAGAUCAUCCUAAGUGGAAUUGGAGGACUAAACCAGAAAGCCGUGAUUUUGAUGAAUUGAACCACAUCCUUCAAGAGAGCAAGAAACUGGGAAAAGCCCUUGAGAAUCUCUCUCGAAGUAUUGCAAUUUCAGAUGAACUCGAUAAGGAAACAGUGGCGUUUAAUUCUUCUCUUCUGAGACCCCGUGUAAUUGGAGAGUGGAUUGGCCGAGAAGAGAAUGAUGCUGAUCCGCUGGCUGCUGAAAUGCUACAGCCCCCAAUUCCAAGAAGUAAAAAUGAACAAUGGGACAAUGAAGAUAACAGCUCUAGCCCUGCAGGGAGCUUAAAGGUGGAGCCCAAGACUAAAGGAUUAAAACAGCAGCAACAGCAGCAUAAGAAACUUCUGGCAGCAAUGCUCUCUCAAGAUUCGUUUGAGUCUGUCCAUAGCCCCACCCCAUCGGUAACAGAAGAAGAUAUUGAUGAUGAAGAUGAUGCAAUGGAAUUGCUGGGUAAUUUUAAAAAUUAA